AUGCGGGCUUGUGGGCGCGUGGAAGGAACCCUUGCAGAGCCGCAGUACCGCUCCCCUCUACAGGGUCUGACUGCGGCGGCGAUGGCCGAGGCCAUGAAACUGCAGAAGAUGAAGCUGAUGGCCAUGAACAGCAUCCACGGAGCCAGCAGCCAGAACGGCACUGAGUCGGAGAACGAGGAGCUCAACUCCAACGCAGGCGGCAGUGAGUCCUCCUGGGACAAGGAGAAGCUGCAGUCCCCUCCCUCCUCUGGGCAGCACGGCCUGGGUCCUGCUGGCCUGGCCGCCCAGCACGGCUUCUCCAGCGCCCACCUUAGCUCUCUGCAGCAGAACCACCUGCUGGCCAACCGUCUGGAUCUGCCCUUCAUGAUGAUGCCCCACCCCCUGCUGCCCGUCAGUCUGCCACCAGCCUCCGUUGCCAUGGCGAUGAACCAGAUGAACCACCUGAACACCAUCGCCAACAUGGCGGCUGCCGCUCAGAUGCACAGUCCACUGUCCCGAGCCGGAGCGUCUGUCAUCAAGGAGUGUGUGCAGGACAGUCCUUCUCCAACUCCAUCCCUGGAGGAAGGUCCUCGCCCGGCUUCCCAGCCCUCUUCACACUCCCACCCCAGCAGCUCUGCCUCCAGCUCCCCCAACCCCCACACACAGAGCCCCCAGCGCCUGGUGCUGAAUCCUGCUGAUGGAGAGAUGGACACUGGCAUUAACAUGAAGAAGAUCUUGAAAGACAAAGCCACCAUCCAGAAGCGUCUGAAGAAGGAGAAGAAGGCCAAGAGGAAACUGCAGGAGGGCGCUAGUUUUGAGUCCAAGCGCCGGGAGCAGGUGGAGCAGGCGCUCAAACAGGCCACCACCUCAGACAACCUGCGGAUGAGCCUCAACGAGGCUGUGAUACCAGAUGUGGAGCCUGAACAUAACGGCAAUCAGCAGGAAAACUCCACUGUACAAGCAGGAGCUGACGUCACCCCCAGGGCCAGGCAGCCGCCCGGCCAGCCGGGAGCUUCUAGGAAGCCCCCCUCUCAUCUCUUCAAGCAUAGGGGAUGGAGGCAGUUUGGUGGUGGCCUCUCAUCCAAGCUGAACUUGUAUGGCAGCAGGUCUGUGCGCAAACUAAACUUGCAGGCCGUCUGCUGUAAGCCACUCAGCUGUAAGGGCGCGGGUCAGGUGGCGGCGGAGAGCACCUUGUGUGGAUCUGCGCUGGGGCUGCAGGGAUGA